CAAGCUGUUUCAAAACAUAAAAUUAUUGAAAACGCCAUUACAGCGUCAUCUGCGAACAACAGUGUACAAUUCUCUUCCCUCACUCCUGUUCUCUGCGCAGACGCGUCCGCGCAUGCAACGUGCGAAAAGGCGGUUUGAAUCGCAGAUCAAUUAUAUCAUCAGCUAAUGGAUUUGGUUGUUGUUUGUUCAAAAUUCGAGUUUUCACGAAGACUUGGUUAGGAUUCUACGCGGAUACGUUUCCCACAGUGGCGAGAUUCAUUCAGAUUCGAAUUCAAAGGAUAUCCAGUACCACAACCGCAGCUGGCUACAAAGAAAAUUGAACUGAAACGCAUCCAUGGUGUCUUGCAUAGGAAAUGGCUGAUUACCGUUGGAGGGAAGAUGCUUUCAAGAAAGACAAACAUUGCCGCCACUCGAGCGACCACACCUUGCCGUUCUUACAACAGAAGCUCGGUGACGUUAUGAAUGAGAACCUCUGCCGAAGGAAAUACGGUUGCCUGGCCAAGGGGCGCAGGCGUGUAGUCGGGUUGAGGUGUUGCAGGCGCACGUCUCAACGAGCAACAGAGUGCUGUGUGUACACCCCCGCCCACGUAUUAUUAUUCGACUGGCUCGUAACCACGCUUCACGGUGAGAUCGCGAACAGCCACGAGUAUCCGGACGAUUCACCGCCGACCAGAUAAUGAAUUCGUUAUUUGCGGAGGAUCAGCCGCGUCCGGUCGACAGAAGCACGUAAGAAGGCUUUAAUGUGACACAAGGACGAGCAUGAUUCUGGCUGGAUCAGACCAUUUUCUGGCGGGUAAGUCCACUAUCCUCCGCGAUUCUCUCAAUGAGUUCAACCGCUUGGAGGUAACCUGUCGUCGUUCUUCGUUACCAAGCAAAGGAGGUGACGUUAAUGAUCGUAGAAACGACAAGGGCUGCAUCAUGAAAAAUCUACAACUUAAACAAGUACCUGUGGAAGCGACAGCAUUUCUGGGUGCCGUAGCUGGCUUCGUGGUCCUUCUGUUGGCAUUGUUUCUCUACCUGUCCCGCAAAUGGUGUUUUACACCGCCGUCCACCAGCACCCUUUUCGGCGGCGUUUGCGUGCCCCUCUGCGAGUCCAACAAUAGCUCCACCUCUCAGAUACCGAAAAACAUAGGAAAGACAUUCUCUUACUCGGAUCCAGAGACGAGUUCCGAUUCGGAAGAGGACGCCCUUCGUCGGUUGAACUCGCAUUCGCAUCCACCGCCGGACACUCUGACCAUCCAAGCAGAGGAUGGACCCACUAUCCUCGAUGCCGGCACCACCUCCAGCAGCUGCACAGAGGAACACUCGCCCGGUGACCAACAACAGUGCGUGGUAGAAGUCGGAGCCUCGAAUAUUCUGCUGGACGCCAGAGAACAAGAGGUUGAGGUGGAACAAAAUGGACCCACGGCCAACGAGGUCAUCGCAACGAUGGGUACCGUCGCGGAGGAAGUGGGCAGCCUGGAGGUCGCUUUCUUAUACGACGCACCUAUGCGCGAGAUGACUGUGCACGUACUGCAAGGACGGAAUUACCCGGAAGGUAUAGGCGGUAGCCAGGUCCGACUGGUCCUGUUGCCAUCGAAGAAGCAACGUCGCAAAACACGGGUACGUCAGGGUACCUGUCCACAGUACAUGGAGAGUUUCCUAUUGCCACGCGUCAACCCGGAAGACGUGAACGCUAUGGGGGUACGCUUGAGAGUGUAUCUAUGGGGCGGAAGAAUGCGUCGAGAGAGACUGCUCGGCGAAGCCAGAGUCUCCUUCGAUCAAAUCAAUCUUCAGCUCGAGACGACGCUUUGGUUGACGUUACUGCCACCGCCUUCCUCUUCGGUACAAGAUUGGGGAACAACUAGCAGUCUAACCCGUAGCGAUUCGACGGGGUCACAGCAGUCCGUUCAGUCGUACGCGUCACCUACGGUACCUCCUUAUGGGAGCAGCAUGAAGGGUGGAAGCGUGGCGGAGAUUCUAAUAGGCUUGGCGUACAAUGGCACAACCGGACGUUUGUCGGUAGAAAUAAUCAAAGGAUCACACUUCAGGGGCGGUGGAGGGAACGACACGAAACCGCCUGACACUUACGUUAAACUCGCCCUCGUGGACAGUAACGAUCACGAGAUGGGACGUUCGAAGACUGGUUUGAAACGUGCUCAGCCCAAUCCUCUUUACAAGGAAACGUUCAUAUUCCAGGUUGCUCUGUUUCAACUUGGAGACGUAACGUUGUUCCUGUCGGUGUAUAACCGACGAAGAGGAGGAAUGGGGCGAAAGGGAAGAGAGAUGAUCGGUUGGCUCAGUUUGGGAUUGAACAGUUCCGGCUCGGAGGAACUUCAACAUUGGAACGACAUGCGUGCUGCGAGACAACCGACGCAGGUUCAACGUUGGCACACGUUACUACGACCUUGAGGCAACCGAUCAUGAACGAGUUCCUGUUACGGAGAAACAUUUUCUACGCGUUUAAAAGAUUUACGAGUAUGAUACGGUUCGAUCGAUAGAGAAAAUAUAACAGGCUGGUGGAAUUUUUGAGCCUUGAAUACGCAAGCUUGCGAACGGAUGAGAGAAUACAUUUUGAUGAGGAAGCGAUAAGCUUCUAUUGGAUUGCCAUUCUGUACUGCCCGAUACCGAAUAUACAGAAGUCAAUAAUGUCGGUCUCUCGAAGCAGCGAGAAUCAAACGAUGCUGUCAUAACUUUUUAAAAGCACCUGUGCUAAAACUCUGAGUUCAAAACUCUUAUCGAUGUACCAAGUACAUUCCUUUUUGAUACGCCGGACGGAGUUGAGGGUGUUUUCAGCAUACAUAUUACGUAUGUAUAUUAAACAACAUAUGCAACAAGAAACAAAGAGAAAAAAAUGAAAAUACACAUUGCACACAUAAGCAUAAGACACAUCUAUUCUAUACACGUGAAUACACACAGUACAUAUAGAACACACAUACAUACACACAUGCACAUUUCGUCGGUCCCAUAAGUCAAAUUCGCACAUUAGCAGGCGGACCGCGAAACCAACUCCGACUCGAUAUGUGCCUGAGCCAACCUUAAUCGUUUAUUUUUUACUUUGUGCCUUUCACCCUUUCUAGGCCGCGUGUCCGUCGACGGAGAAUCGUCGUGGGAUAACCGAAGCCGAGUCGAGAGAGGGACCCGUUAUGAAUCCUCUAAGUCGUUCACCUUUGGACGAGUCUAACUAUAAGCGAACGUGUUUAUCCAUACCCUCUCGACUCCGCGAAAAUUUUCAACGGAUAUUUAAUUCGCAACGGUCGCUCCUACGUAUGCAUGCAUGUAUGUAUGAGCCGUAUACGACGAAUCUUGUUGUUCCGAUCACAUGGUUCGAGAAUGGAUUGACGCGAAACCAUCAGUGGUUAAACCCCUUUGCCGCGGAUGAUUCUCAAACACGAUGCCGAUCAGUGAGAAUGUUUCGAAUGGAACGCGAGGCUGUGAAAUUCUUCUGUAAAUCUUCGCUUAUUGUAUUUCUUUUGCACGCAACCAUGUUAUUUUCGUAAGACGACUUUCAUCGAUGACACCGUAAUUGCCUCUCUAAGUGGCAAGGGCUUGGGUACGAAUAUCGAGGUAUCAGUUUCAAGAUUUGCCACUUGGAGAGGCAAUGCUGUUUUGCUAUUUAAAUAUUAUAGAGUAUCGUGGAAGUGAUGGGGACGAUCACUUGUCAGCUAUGGUGGCAAUUAUUACUGCCUGUACCGAAUACUGGGGACCUAGAGGGAAUGACCACUUGCCACGUAGGGAGGCAAUAUUUAUGUACUACCGUCGUGAUAGUAUAUUGGAGUUUAGAGAAGAUGGUUACAUGCUACUUGGAGAAUGAAUGCUGUAUUAUCAUCUUCACAAAAUAUCUAGAAUUUGAUAGGGACCUGAUGGAGAUAACUUUGUCACCUACAGAAACAAUGCUGCGUCACAAAAUGGCGGGAACUUAGAAACCUUACUUAGAGUGACAAUAUUGUAUCAACUAGAGGGUUCGAUAAAGCAUUGCAUCGAAGAUUAUAAGAUUAUCUUAGAUCAUCGUUACCAUAAUCGCAAACAAUGCUUAAACAGCUAUCAUCUCAUGUAUUGAAUGUUUCGUGCCUGGCACGAUGUAAGCUGAUCUUGGGAGGGGUUGUAACGACGAACACGAGGAACGUAUACGAGGAUAGAUUCACAAUUCAAAUGACGCACAAUAAACUCGCAAGGAAAACUAAAUACGCACCCCGUAAACGCAGAUGUGAUCGUAGGCGUUGAUAUUAAAUUAAUAUAAUAAAAUUUAGGAUGCAUACACUCGAUCGCGUGGUAGGGAUAGAGAGACGUAAUCAACCAGAAAGCGUUUAUAAACUAGAAGGGAAUUGGACGACUGAUCAACGGACAAACAGAAGCUGUGAAUCGUAAACGCUUGACUUUUUCAAGCUUUAGCGUCUUAGGUAAUUUCAAACGACGAUUAAUCCAUGCUCGAACUAUUAUCACUGUAGACACGUAUUGUGUGAAAGCGAUUGCAAGGGCUCAGAAGUUAUCUGAUUUUUCAGUACGUGUACGCGUGAAAUCAUCCUCCCGUUCAACCGCAGACAUUCUUUUUAUAAUAAUAACCUCUCUCUCUAAUUAACGCAAUUUCAACGAGGAACGGCUUUUUCGAUUAAUAGAACGCGUCGCCGAUGAUAAAUACUCGAUAAAUUGUAGAGUCGUUGCGUUAGUCCAAGAGUUGCUUCGCCAGAAAACAAGUCUGUAUGCGAUCGAGUAAUUCUACUUUUUGUGAAAUUCAACUCCGUAGCGCCAUUUUAGCUAGCGUUUUAAUUAGGAUACUUUCGACUUCUGAGUCCUGGUAACAUAAUUAUAUAUUGUACGGUCUGUUUAUAAACAGCACGAUGUCGAGGAUUCGAGAAAACGUUUUUUUUUUCUAAGUAAAAAGAUACGUUCGUGUUCUCGUGUCGUGGAUUGAUCGAUCGGACGCGAUUACCAACAGGAUCAGGAAGUUUUUUCGAAAUAUUUACGAUAAUUAAUUAACGAGUAGGGCUUUUUUCAGGGUAAUUUCUAUGCCUUUAACUGUCUUCAAUUUGUUACGAUAUAGUUGUAAUUGUACGAAGAUAUAUUAAAGCAUACGACUUGCUUUUUCUUGCGGAACGUGAACGAAGAAUCGUUGGGUCGAGAAAACGCUUCAGGUAUCGGAUCAUGGUGGAAGGAACGCAUGGAAUGAUUAAUUUUCUUUUUCGUUUAAUCUGUUGGAUUGUUGCAGAUCAAAUGAUUGAUUUGAUAUGCAGCAAUUUAAUAUAUAACAUUUGGCAAGUACGAAUGUAUACAGCGAAGAUAUUCUCACAAAUUCAUACUGUCUUAUUCUCUGAUGUUCUAUUCUAUUGUGUCGCUUUCUCGAGUGUUCGGUGCUUAUUAUCGAAAAGAAAAAUGAGAAAAGAGAAGAAAAAAUAAAAAGAAGAGUAAGGAUCGCGAGGAUUAUAAACAGACUACCGUUGGAUUUUUAUCUAUAUUUUAUCUACAGCACUCUUUCUCGAAUAAGUAUUAAUUGAAGUUUGAACGUCUACUGCACAAAAUAAUUACAUUAAUCAAUGUUAUUACUUAUAAAUUAAUAAUAAUAAUUAUUAUAUCUGUCGCGUUUUAUAAAAGUGUACUCUAAUACAAUUAAACAAAUAAACUUACAAAUAGUUGUUAUCGAAGGCAUACAAAAGAAAAAUGAAAAAGGAAUAAAAUCUGUCAAAGUACAUAUUUCUCUAAUAGUUCUUGCUUUUUUCUUACGAGUAACGCUUCCUGAAUAUCUUGCUGAGAGGGUAUCGCUUUCUGAGCGGUUGUUUCGAUUUCUUCGUCUUCCUCCUCUGAUUUCUUUUCGUUCUCCGCUAGCCAUUCAUCUACUGCUUUUUGUCUUGCUUCUUGUUCGGCUUUCUGUUCUAAAGGUAGUAAAAUUCCAUCGUCGUCGUCUCUGUAACCAUAGUAAUCAGCGUCGAUGUCCUUCAUUAACUCCGCACGUGUUUUACGUGGAGGAGGCGGUGGUUCUUGUUCGAACAAUUCUCUGACUCCUGGUAACUCCUUUGCUGCUCCAAAAUACUUGUAACCACGAUUUCCAGGUACCUGAACAUUUGUUACAACGAUUAGCUUCAUAUUUCUGAUAGAAAGAACUCUAAUGCAACAACAAGCAGAUGCAUAUUUUUACCUCACGACCUUCAUGGUCUAACAUACGCGGUCCAACUCUAGAGUAAUCAGGACCACCCAAUUCCUUUAUUUGAGCCUCCCAAUGCCGUUUUUCUCUUAAUAAUUUAUUAAUUUCGUCGUUCAAGUCUCGGAUACGAAACUCUCCAAGACCGGCAUUUUGUAUCUGUGCAACUUUCUUAGCGAUUUCUCUGAUUAUCUGCAUCCUCCACUUCUCUGCCUUCCGUAAGUCUCUGCAUUCAGAAGCUAAGUAUGGUCUUCUUUCUUGUUCUUUUCUAGCUCCUUCGUUGCUUUGUGCUGCUCUCCAUCGAGCGAGCGUGGUCCUGUUACAAGGUUGAUAUUGAUUUAAACACAUCUAUCAUAAAGAAAAUGUUUAAGAAACAUGUUUUUGAACACUUACAUAGCCUUUUCUGCAUUUCGCGCCUGAAUAAAAAAACCAUAAUUAGAUACUAUGAACAAAUAUUACUCUUAUACCAUAUGUAAUCAAAUUUUUUAUGUACUUACCAUUUUUGUCUAAUAUAAAUAACAGUUUAAACAAAUUAUUUGGGUAUGAUACUUUAAUGCGGUUCAAUGUUAAUACAGAAAUACAAUAAAAUUUACACAGUAGUCCCUUUUAAAUAACGUUCUUUUACACAAUACUGUUAUUUGGUUUUCUUAUAUUAUUUAUUGUACAUGUUACAAAGUUUUAUUCCAUUCUAAAUGUAAUCCAUAACAAUUUUGUAGGUUAUAAUUUUUUUGUGUUUUCGAGGUUAUGUUGUUAUAUACACACACGUUUGUUUCACUGCCGCCAAUUUCAUCACCGUCAGAUGGCGAUUGUUCUCAAAGCGCGCAUCGAUAUAAAAUUAAAAAAUGGAUACAAAUGUUGCUAGUAAAGUAUUUCUAGUUUAUUAAAUUAAUUACUUUACAAUACCGUAAUAUCCUUUCUUGUUAUUAUAAGAAUUAUGUGUUUAUAAUAAAUUAUACUUUUUUAAACGUCGGUAUUUCAGAUCGUACUAGUACGAUCGCAACUACUUAAGUUUAAAUAAAUAAAUAACCGGAUAGAACUACAUAUAUAGAUUGUGAAGUAUUCAAGAACCCAUGAUGAUGCAGUUUCAAGGGCACUGGACAGAGGUCAGUGUGUUUCGCGAAUCUUAAAAACUGCGGACAAAGGAAAGAUCGACGCAUUUGCAUUCGGCAAGUCACAGUGAUAGGACGCGUUUAUUAAGGGGUAUCAAGAAAUUCGCUAAACUUUGAUUCUGAUAAACUCUAGCAGUGUGGUAAUAUUUUCCAAGCAGAAUG